AUGAAGUGGGUAACCUUUAUUUCCCUUCUCUUUCUCUUCAGCUCUGCUUAUUCCAGGGGUGUGUUUCGUCGAGAUGCACACAAGAGUGAGCUUGCUCAUCGGUACACAGAUUUAGGAGAAGAUGUCUUUAAAGGAUUAUUGCUGAUUGCCUUUUCUCAGUAUCUCCAAAAAUGCCCAUAUGAAGAACAUGUAAAAUUAGUGAAUGAAGUAACUGAAUUUGCAAAGACAUGUGUUGCUAAUGAGGCAGCUGAAAACUGUGACAAGUCACUUCAUACUCUUUUUGGAGAUAAACUCUGUACAAUUGCAUCUCUUCGUGACACCUAUGGUGAAUUGGCUGACUGUUGUGAGAAACAAGAACCUGAGAGAAACAAUUGUUUCUUAACACACAAAGAUGACAACCCAGGUCUCCCUCAAUUGGUGAGACCACCUGCUGAUGAUUUGUGUGCUGCAUUCCAGGCAGAUGAGGACAAAUUCUUUGGAGAAUACUUAUACCAAGUUGCCAGAAGACAUCCUUACUUCUAUGCCCCAGAACUCCUUUUCUUUAGUCAAAAGUAUAAAGCAGUAUUGACCGAGUGCUGCCAAGCUGCUGAUAAAGCUGACUGCCUGACACCAAAGCUUGACCUUUUGAAAGAGGCCGUGCUGACUUCAUCUGCCAAACAAAGAUUAAAGUGUGCCAAUAUCGAAAAAUUCGGAGAGAGAGCCUUCAAAGCAUGGGCUGUAUCUCAAAUGAGCCAGAAAUUUCCCAAAGCUGAAUUUUCAGACAUUACGAAGGUAGUGCUAGAUCUUGCCAAAAUCCACCAGGAAUGCUGCCAUGGUGACCUGCUUGAAUGUGCAGAUGACAGGGCUGAUCUGGCAAAAUAUAUGUGUGAAAAUCAAGACUUAUUCUCCAGUAAACUGAAGGACUGCUGUGCUAAGUCUGUGCUUGAAAAAUCCCACUGCAUUUCUGAGGUAGAAAAAGAUGAUAUUCCUGCUGACCUGCCCUCCAUAGCUGUUACUUAUGUUGAUGACAAGGAGGUGUGCAAAAACUAUGCAGAGACAAAAGAUCUCUUCCUGGGCAUGUUUUUGUAUGAAUACGCAAGAAGGCAUCCUGAAUACUCUGCCUUUUUGUUGGGAAGACUUGUCAAGAAAUAUGAAGCAACACUGGAAAAAUGCUGUGCCACUGAUGACCCUCCUACGUGCUAUGGCAAAGUGCUUGAUGAACUCAAUACCCUUGUUGAGGAGCCUCAGCGUGUAGUCAAACAAAACUGUGAACUUUUUGAUCAACUUGGAGAAUAUGGCUUCCAAAAUGCGCUCGUAGUCCGUUACACCAGGAAACUACCCCAAGUGUCAACUCCAACUCUCGUGGAGGUCUCAAGAAACUUAGGAAGGGUGGGAACCAAGUGCUGUAAGCUUGCUGAAACAGAGAGAAUGUCCUGUGCUGAGGACUACCUGUCUUUGGUUCUGAACCGGCUGUGUGUGCUACACGAGAAGACCCCAGUGAGUGAAAAGGUCACCACCUGCUGCUCAAACUCCUUGGUGUACAGGCGGCCAUGUUUCUCUGCCCUGGAAGUGGAUGAAACAUAUGCUCCCAAAGAGUUUAGUGCUGAAACAUUCACUUUCCACAGCGAUUUGUGCACACUUCCUGAGGAUCAGAAACAAACCAAGAAACAAACUGUGCUCGUUGAGCUGGUGAAACACAAGCCCAAGGCAACAGAUGAUCAACUGAAGAAAGUGGCUGGAGAGUUCUCAGCUAUGGUAGAGAAGUGUUGCAAGGUUGAGGACCAUGAGGUCUGCUUCGCUGAAGAGGGUCCAAAACUUGUUGCUGCAGCUCAAGCUACCUUAGCUUAA